AUGUGGGACCUAACGAUUCACUUCGCGGGAAGGAACGAAGGAGCAACUGAAUCCCAUGUCAACCCCUCUGUCAACUUCCUCGAAGCACUUCCCGAUGUCGUCUUCUAUGAGGUGAUGAAGAAACUUCCAGCGCGCGUCAUCGAAAAUUGUGUUCGAUUGCUCUCAAGGGAUUGCUAUAGGAGGUUUGAUGUAUGUCAAUUGGGAAAUGUUUGCAAAUUGCAAGUU